CUUCUUCCCGGCGAGUGAUGCGUGGACCUAGGAAGCCUGGAAUGCGUGGGUAGGAGCACCCUUAAUAGAACAGAUUGGUUCUAUCAUGACGAGCUGGGAAAGUGGGUUUCGGACUAUAAACUGCACCUGAUGGUAUUCAUGCUUCGUUAUAACCAGCUUUCGUAUAGAUAGGGUACUGAGAGGAUUUGGAAAAAAAAAGAAGUAUAUUGAAUUUACUUAUAUUAGUAAGAAAUAAGGAGAAACGGUUAUUUGAAUAACAGUAUUGCCUUUGUAAGACUGUUUCUGUUUUUUUUUUCUUCCAAGAAGUGCUUUAAAGGGAAAGAAAGAUAAGAAAGGAAGAAUUCCUGCAGAAAAAGAAAAUAUAAAAGAGGAGAGAAAAAUAUAUGUAAGACAUUUAAGUCAAUGUGACCGUUGAAUAUCAAGGAGUGACCUUAGAUGCAAAACAAGAAACAAAAACAAAAGUAAAACCCAGCGUUACCAGAAAAAGGAAGGUAAAGAAAAAGAAAAAAAGAAAACAGAAAAAGAAAAGAAAAGAAAACUCCCCCCUCCAAAAAAAAAGUAAAAAAAGAAAACAAAAGAAAGAAAGAAAGAAAGAAAGAAGAGAGAGAAAGGAAAGAAAAAAAAAACAGAAAUCAAGAAAAUCGAAUAAAACCAGAAAAAAAACAGUUCAGAUCUUUUGACAGUGUUUUUGUGUUGUCUGCGAUUCCCUUGCCAGAGCUUCCCCUCUGACCUAGGAACACCGAGGGGACAUUUCACACCUCCGCUGCAACGUGAACGCACUCUAGGAUUUUCGAGGAUUUUCUAAAAGGAUCAAAUAUGAAUCUCCAUCUCUUCCUCGGCCUGGUCUCUGCACUCGUAGGACACGUCGGCAGCGUGGCAAUCAUACGUCUCUCAGUGCCGGAGGUCGUCCAAGCCAACACUUCAGCGGUCAUCUUGGACUGCGAGUACGGUGUCGACGACUGGGAGUACUCAGGCCUGGUCGUCAAGUGGUACGUGGACGGGGUGCACCUCGUCUACCAGUGGAUUCCGCCUCGCCUCCCUCAGGCCCUCGGGGUACUCAACGGCCGCGUCAACACCACGUACGAGGCCUCGAAGGACGCCUGGGCCAAGUACCGAGCCCUCUACAUACCCAACCCGGACCCCAGCCUCUCCGGGCAGUACUCCUGCACCGUCAGUACCUUCGAGGACGAGGACACACGCUCAGCCAACCUCCUGGUUUGGGCUCCGGCUCGGUACGUGGACCUGAAGUACUGGCGGCCAUCGGAGCACCUCGUCAACAUCACCUGCUUCGCCACGGGAGCUGCGCCGAGACCCAAAUUCACAUUGUAUACUCGGGAUACAAAUGGGACAAGGAAAGAAGUGCCAGUCCGCGGAGUGAGUGCCAGGCGGGAGAACGGGCUCUGGUGGGCGGGGGCGUGGGGCCUGAUCGUCUGGGCUGAAACGGAACCCGACACUAUCAUCGGGUGUACAAUAAAGCUCCCAGGAACCACCCAUGGCGAGACACGGAAGAAGAUUUACCACCGAGAUCUGCCAAUCAUCACCACAACCACAACUACAACAGUUGCCACAACCACCACCAAGGCCAGUGAACCCCCAAGGCGUUGGUCUAACAUGUCCCAAAAUGUGCCUACCACAACCAACAGUUUCUUCGAUUUUCCAAGCCUGUUUGGUGCAGCCAAUGGAGAACUGAAGACGUUGCCAGCCUCCCUGUGUACCGUCAGCCUUACGUCCGUGUUGUCAGCGGUGUGGUGGUUGGUGGCUCUCCCUUGAAGAGGAGGCCUUGCAAUACAAAGAUAUAUCAAAAGACUAUGAUCUACUUUGUGUGUUUGUGUGCGUGUGAGUGAUGCUUGAAGAAAGCGUAUUCUGCAGCCUUGCUGGUUGGCAAAAUAAAGACCUCCUCCUGCUUCAUGUCUCAGACUCUAGGGAUGUAACCCACCGUAUUUCGGACACCCGAGGACGUGCCCAGUCAGUCUCGGAUCAGCGUGGGAUGUAAACCAUAAUGUUUCGACAGCCUGGGGACGUUCCCCACCGAUGAGCUUUAACUUACUGUGACUAUUCGGGCCAAGUGUGAUUCCUACUGUUGUUGACACUGUUGCUGAUGUUGUAAAUUGUUCUCUUUAUAUUGCUUUUCUCUCUUUAGAAAUCCCUCUAUUUUGUUUUGUCUGCCGGACCCUUUUAACGUCACUUGGAAAUGAUGAUCAAUUUUGUUGUGUCACAUAAUUUGUGGAGAUGUAUUGUUAUCAGGAAUCCUUUAUUAUCAUUAUUAUUUCGUCCUGUUUGUUUUCAUUAUCGUUAUUUUUACCAACUUGCCUCUUACUAUCGCCAGCACAACUACAAGCAACAUUGAUGAUGUAGCUACAGUUACAUCAAUAAAUAAUAGAUAAGGUUGAUACAGCAUUGUUGGUGUAGCUACAGUUACAUCAAAGAUACAUAGAUAAGGUUAAUACACUAUAAAACAAAAUAGUUCACCAUUUCUUGUCUUCACACUUCUCACUAUGCAUACUCCUCCUAUUGCUGCCCUACUAUAUCUGCUACUGCUGUUGCUGCUACUGCUGCUUCCUAGUAUUCCUGCUACUGCUCCUACUUCCGUUACUAACAAACUUGUCACUGUGCCUCUAACAGUCAACAAUGACAAACAUCUCUUCUGCUUCUGUUCUACAAACAUGUAUCUCUCUCUGGUGUGCUUUGUCUGAAGUCACUCCACACCUCAACCACUGUUUCAACUGUCACCACUACCACAGUUAUUGCUCCAGCAUCAUCACACUCCUACUACCAAACAGAUCUUUUGUUUCUCUUGUUACUACCACUUGUACUUACACUAUACUGUAACCAGCCCCGAUGUUAUGUCUACCACCUGUGACAACACUCUCUAUUGUACUGAUACUUCCAACACCACCUCAUUGUACCUACGUCAGUGUCUUUAUAAAUGAAAUUUUUAUUAAUGGGAAAUGUCUAACCUAAAUACGUGUUCUGUAUCUGUGUGAGAAUUGGAUCCAAUCCUGAAGUUUUACUCGCUUGGGUGAAAUUUGACUCAUUCACGACCUGAAAAAGGUGUUCGUCACGCUGCUCUCUGAUCAUAGGCAACAGGAUGCCAUUGUAAAACUUCAGCAUUUGGAGACGAAUUCUGAAACAAGCCCAUAUAUUUAUACAUAUAUGAGAGGAAAAAAAAAGAAGGGGGGAAUUGGCUGAAUGCUCACUUGGGCGAAGUGAUAAUUAGAUAUUGGAUAAAAUUGGUAUAAUAGAUUAAUACAUAAAUCAAAAACAGUUUUGUGCAUUUCUUUACCCUGAUUCUUUACCAACUGGAUAUAAUUUGUCGAACGUUCUGAUACUAAAAGGAAGGCUAGCUGGUAAUGGUCACUUGACUGAGUCAAAUUGAAAAGAAUUAUUGGGCGGUUUCAGAUUUCGAGACUGUUGGACUACAAGUGAAGUAUAAGUAGUUUUUCUAUGUCAGAGGGAACACCUGUGUUUUAUUUUUAACA